UGGUAGGAAGUGGUAGCCGUCAAUCACGAGGGAGACUCCAAACAGUGAGCCUGGAGCUGUAGAACAGCGUUUACCGGCGGAGCGGCCGGUCCUAUGAGCAACGCAAUGGCUACGGACUCUCCUCGAAGGCCCAGCCGCUGUACUGCUGGAGUUGUGGUUCGCCCUCAGGCUGUCACGGAACAGUCCUACAUGGAGAGCGUGGUGACUUUUCUGCAGGAUGUUGUGCCGCAGGCUUACAGCGGGACUCCCCUAACAGAAGAAAAGGAGAAAAUAGUUUGGGUCAGAUUCGAGAACGCAGAUCUGAACGAUACAUCACGGAAUUUAGAAUUUCAUGAACUGCAUAGCACUGGAAAUGAGCCCCCUCUGCUGGUUAUGAUCGGCUACAGUGACGGCAUGCAAGUCUGGGGCAUCCCUAUCAGCGGGGAAGCCCAGGAGCUCUUCUCUGUUCGGCAUGGCCCAGUCCGAGCAGCUAGGAUCUUGCCUGCUCCACAGUUGGGUGCUCAAAAAUGUGAUAACUUUGCUGAGAAAAGACCUCUUCUUGGUGUUUGUAAGAGCAUUGGAUCUUCGGGCACAACACCACCGUACUGCUGCGUGGACCUGUACUCACUUCGUACCGGGGAAAUGGUGAAGUCCAUUCAGUUCAAAACGCCCAUUUACGAUCUCCAUUGCAAUAAGCGGAUCCUCGUCGUAGUCUUGCAGGAGAAAAUCGCUGCCUUUGAUAGCUGUACUUUCACAAAAAAAUUUUUUGUCACAAGCUGUUAUCCUUGUCCUGGGCCAAACAUGAAUCCCAUUGCUCUUGGGAGCCGCUGGCUUGCUUAUGCAGAAAACAAGCUGAUUCGAUGUCAUCAGUCGCGCGGUGGAGCCUGUGGAGACAACGUUCAGUCCUACACCGCCACAGUCAUUAGUGCCGCUAAAACACUGAAGAGCGGCCUGACGAUGGUUGGGAAGGUGGUGACGCAGCUGACAGGCACACUGCCCUCGGGGGUGACAGAAGAUGACGUUGCUGUCCACAGCAACUCCAGGCGGAGCCCCCUGGUGCCGGGCAUCAUCACAGUCAUAGACACCGAGACAGUUGGCGAGGGCCAGGUGCUUGUGAGUGAGGAUUCAGACAGCGAUGGCAUUGUAGCCCACUUCCCUGCCCACGAGAAGCCAGUGUGCUGUAUGGCUUUUAAUACUAGUGGAAUGCUUUUAGUCACAACAGACACUCUUGGCCAUGACUUUCAUGUCUUCCAAAUUCUGACUCAUCCCUGGUCAUCAUCCCAAAGUGCUGUCCAUCACCUAUAUACUCUUCACAGGGGCGAGACCGAAGCCAAAGUUCAAGACAUCUGUUUCAGCCAUGAUUGUCGCUGGGUGGUGGUCAGUACCCUCCGGGGUACUUCCCACGUUUUCCCCAUCAAUCCCUACGGUGGCCAGCCUUGUGUCCGCACACACAUGUCACCACGAGUAGUGAAUCGCAUGAGCCGUUUCCAGAAAAGUGCUGGGCUGGAAGAGAUUGAGCAAGAACUGACAUCUAAGCAAGGCGGCCGCUGUAGUCCCGUUCCAGGCUUAUCCAGCAGUCCUUCCGGCUCCCCACUGCAUGGGAAGCUGAACAGCCAAGACUCUUACAAUAACUUCACCAACAACAAUCCUGGCAACCCCCGACUUUCUCCCUUCCCGAGCCUGAUGGUAGUGACCCCUCUAGCACAAAUCAAGCAGCCAAUGACGUUGGGGACCAUCACCAAACGCACUGGGCCUUAUCUCUUUGGAGCGGGGUGUUUUUCCAUAAAAGCUCCAUGCAAAGUUAAACCACCUCCACAAAUUUCACCGAGCAAAUCAAUGGGUGGCGAGUUUUGCGUGGCUGCAGUGUUCGGGACCUCCAGGUCGUGGUUUGCAAACAACGCAGGUCUGAAACGGGAAAAAGAUCAGUCCAAACAAGUUGUAGUUGAAUCUCUGUACAUCAUCAGCUGCUACGGAACCUUAGUAGAGCACACGAUUGAGCCUCGGCCGCUCAGUGCUGCUCCCAAGAUCAGUGACGACACACCGCUGGAGAUGAUGACGUCACCCCGUGCCAGCUGGACACUCGUUAGGACGCCUCAGUGGAAUGAGCUGCAGCCACCAUUUAAUGCGAACCACCCUCUGCUCCUCGCGGCAGAAGCUGUGCACUACUACCAGCUCCUGCUUGCUGGCUCGCUUCCCCCUGGAAGUCCCGGCCCCAUUACUCGACAUGGGUCCUAUGACAGCUUAGCCUCCGACCAUAGUGGACAGGAAGAUGAAGAAUGGCUUUCUCAGGUUGAAAUUGUAACACACACUGGACCCCACAGACGCCUGUGGAUGGGUCCCCAGUUCCAGUUUAAAACCAUCCACCCCUCAGGCCAGACCACGGUCAUAUCAUCUAGUUCGUCUGUGUUGCAGUCUCACGGGCCGAGCGACACACCACAGCCGCUCUUGGAUUUCGAUACAGAUGAUCUAGAUCUCAACAGUCUCAGGAUCCAGCCGGUCCGCUCUGACCCAGUCAGCAUGCCAGGGUCAUCCCGUCCAGUCUCUGAUCGCAGGGGAGUUUCCACGGUGAUUGAUGCUGCCUCCGGUACCUUCGACCGGAGCGUGACCCUGCUGGAGGUGUGUGGGAGCUGGCCUGAGGGCUUUGGCCUGCGACACAUGUCCUCCAUGGAGCACACAGAGGAGGGCCUCCGGGAACGGCUCGCAGAUGCCAUGGCCGAGUCACCAAGCCGCGAUGCUGUAGGAUCUGGAACAGGGAAAAAAAAAGGAAAAAAAAAACAAUGCCAACAGCCCAGCGUCCGCGAACAACCCAACAGUAACAAAGCAUGCGUUCGGGAUGGAGGAAGAACUUCAGCGAGAGGGAAGCAUCGAGACUCUGAGUAACAGCUCAGGCUCCACCAGUGGCAGCAUCCCAAGGAACUUUGAUGGCUACCGAUCUCCGCUCCCUACCAACGAGAGCCAGCCGCUCAGCCUCUUCCCCACUGGCUUCCCAUAGACACCAGCCACCUGCUUCUGACUGGCUGAGGGACAGGGAGAAGCACCACACCCCACCCUACCUUCCUCCCACCCCACCCCAUCCCCGCACGCCUCUGGUCCUACCCUUCUAAGUCUCUGCUCCUCUUUCAUCAACCCCACCUUCCCUAAGCUUAGCAACGACGGCUGCUCAUCCUCUCUGGAUGAAAAGAGACUUCCAGAACUGCUCAGCACACCCUGACCUCAGCCACUCCUGUCAUUGGGGGCUGUGGCUAAGAGACUGCAGAAACUCGGUCCCUUCUCUCUUUGCACAUAAUGUCCCGCAUCGGAUCCGCUUUUGUAUUUUUUAACUGUACCCACAGGGGGACUGGAACAGUGGCCAGAUCGUAGGGCCGGGUGAGGAGAAGUUGAAUGGUCCAGCCAGGUAUUUUGGUGGACAAUGUCAGCCCUAACCCACUUCAGGCUGUGAUGCACACUGCCCCCAGAUAUCCCUGCUCAGUUCCCUCCCAAGACAGGAGCGAACUGAAGCCCAGAGUGAUAGGGAAGGAAGAAGGAAAGAGGCUCCCUUUGCCCCUUGCUUCCCUGUUGGCUCAUGGGGAGAAUUUGUCUGUCUUAUCUUUGAGCCCUUGUACCCUGGUCCUGUACUGUUGAGUGAAGGAAACCGUGGUUACUGAGGCCAUAUCAAAAGUGCACGUCUUGUCCAAUAAAUCACGCUGCAAUUGG